AUGGCCCACUACGGUAAGGCUGAUUCAAGGCAGAUGAUGCUUCGUGAAGGCGUUUCGGUCCUACGGCAGGCUCUUCUGGGCCAAGAAAAAAUGCUCUUUGUCGGUUCCAAGAUUCUCAUCAAGGCCAAUGUGCUCUUUGUCCUCCUUGCUGGAUCUACCCUGGCUAUCCCAGACCAAGAACCAACAAGCUCACACAAUACAGGCAGGACCCUCAAACGCACCGUCGAUGGCAAGACGGCCAGAAUCCACGAAUAUGCCGCCAAGCAAAUCGCCACCGCUGGCAAGGACAUCAAUAAAAAGUCUUCAUGCCCGCAUAUCCUCGAAAACUAUGACAAUAUCCAAUGGAACAACAAUGCGUGCAACCCAGACAAGGUCAGGACGAUUGGUUCCCCCAUCGAUGAGAUUGGAAGACUGUACCCGUGGAUUGGGGUGUGGAUUGGGGAUAAAGCCCUGGAAACACAGCGCCGAGUGAUGCACCUGUCAAUCAUUCAAACCACUUUGCGAACAGGUGCCGAUGUUAUGGCAAUAGCUGUGUUAUCUGUUUUGACUUAUGAAAAAAACGAGCAAGGUCAAGAAUCCUAUAGGCGACACACGAACAUAUAG